AUAUACAGGAAAACAACUCAGCAAUUAAAAGGUCAUCACGAGAGAUUUAUAUGUUGGACCAUGGAUCAUUUACAUUCGCUUUAGCAAAGAAAAGAGAGCGGAAAAUUUGUGGAUAUACCGUAAUUGAAACAGAACAUCCAAAGCUGUUCAUUCUAGAAACCAGGAAGGAUGGAACUUUUGCAAGAAAGGGACCACUAGACACGAAUAAUCUGGAUUUUGUCACAAAAUGCAUUAAUGCUUGGAAUAACUUCACCAGACGAAUUUGCAAAUACUAUUAUGAAAAAACCAGGAUAUAUGACAGUCUCAGGAGGAGAAAUAAUAUUUUUGAUUAAAUACAUACCUGUCGAAGUAAAAAUUAGACGAACUGAAAGAUGUUAUCAACAGUUGCCAGUUUAUAAAGGAAACGAUUCAUAUUUUAUUACACCAAGAACUCAUAUGUUAAUAAGAACAGGAACAGAGAUUGACUGUAAUGACAUAGUAGCACCUAUGUAUUAUAUUCAUAAUAUUUGGUAUAAAUUUACUCCAAAUCCACAAAGAGCUAUUGAACCAAUGAUCCUAAAACCAGAUACAGAACCCACUUGGGAAUAUCAGAGUAUUGACGUAGGUUCAAGCGGAAUUUAUUCAGAUCAGGAAAUGGAAAAAUUAAGAAAACAUAUAAUGUUUCCUGCUGAGAAACCUGCAGUCUUGAGUAACGUAGCUCGAGGAGUUACAGGACAAACUAUGGAAAAACAAGGAAUGUCAAUAUCUUAUCUUUUAGACGAAGAAACAAUAAAUACUAUUGUCAAGGAUACAUGGAAGAAAACUUGGGGAUGGUUUACCGGGUUUGGAACAUUUAGUGCAGGAUUGUUAGGAAUCUGGAUGAUAGUGAAAUUUCUAAAGUUUGUUGUAGAUACUAUACUACAUGGAAUAGCUCUACAUACAAUACAUGGAUGGAGUCUAUGGUUAAUUGGAGCAAUUUGGGACUCUUUAACCAGCUUCCUAUUACAUUUGGGACAACGCAGAUACACAGAUGGUAUGACAGGAUCAACAGCGGAUACCAAAAUCCCAGAUGAAAACGAGAAAGGGAAUCUGGAAGUAGGACCACCAUCAGCACCUCAAUUUAAUUCAAUGGAACAACGAUCGUCAAAUCAAACACAACCACAAACACAAACACAAACAAAUGUAUUAUAUCCGAGUUUGAAAAACGAAUCAGGGAAACAACCAAAUGAACAACCUAAGGUCAUAUAUGUUCAUAUGGACGAAAACUAAGCAAAUUGCAUAGUUUCCGUUCUAAAGGGGGGAGGUGUUACGUUCCACUCCUUAUAAUUAUAAAUGGCAAAACACAUUAAUUUCUUCUACACAUUAUAAUCAUUUAAUCAUAUAAUAAUUAAUAUAAAAUAUUAUUAACGUUACACUAAUAAUAUUAAAUAUUGCAUUUUACCUUGUUAAAAUUGAACAAUGAUAAAUAAACGGAUAGGCCUGAAUCUUCUCGGAUGACAUUCAAGGAGAUUCAAAUAACGGAGUACGACUUGGUAUAUUGAUUAUCGGAAAAGGGUUAGCUAUCAAUCGAUAUAUUAAGAAUGUUGAAGAAGGGGAGUCACAUUGACCAAUCAGAAGUAGUUUUACUACUAUAAAAAGGGAGCCAGAAGUAGCAUUAGGUGUGUUUUAGGAAGAGACUAAGAGUGCAACAUCAGAGUUGUCGGGUGUGUCGUGAGUGAAGUCAAAAAUACCAAGUACCUCUAAAACUUAUCCAAGUUACCAAAAUCAGAGUAUUCACAAUUACUCGUAACCUUCCCGGAUAGAACUGAAGCCGUUGUAUAGGGCCUCUAUCCAUCCUUACUAUUUCUAAAAAGGUAGAACUGAAGCCGGAUCUAGGGCCUCUACCUUAUCCUACCAAAUCAUUAAUACAAAUCGAAACUUCGAUCAACAUUCCAUACAUCAUCAGAACUUGGAUAGGACUGAUUCACGCUGAACAUCCUAAUAGAGAUUCGAUCGGAUACUGAAGGAAUUCCAAAUAUACUUCUUAUAUAAAAUCUGAGUAAGUACAGACUUAUGCCUAAACGAAGUGGUA